ACAGUAUGAAAGAGACAACAGCCAAGAGACGUGAGAAACCCAAGGACUCCAAAGCUGAGAAACAGAAAGAUGCGGGCCCAGAGCCGCAGGAUGUGGAGAUGCCGGAGGAAGACUCGGCUACUGCAGAAAAGAAACCCAAGGAACUUGAUACCCUCACACUAGAUGGUUAGCUGCGAUAUAACAGAAAUACUGAAAAGGAUAUAUUCAAACUCAAUGUCAGAUACGGAAGAUUGCCACGGAAACAACUGCUUCGGGUUUUUGCUACCUACUGUAUUGAAUGUUAGUUAGCUAGCUAGUGUUAGCAAACAGUUGUUAGUCUAUGUAACUAGUUGGCUAAUUUGACAGGUUUCAUUGGCAAAAUAUUGUGUUGAAAUGUAGCUAUCGUGAGAGAGAAUAUAGUUCGCUGACCUAGUUCGCCUGUUACUAUAUGGUCUGACUAACUGCGUUAACGCUGGUCUGACUUUUAUUCACUCGCUGUAGUAGUAACUAGCUAGGUAGCUAACGUUAGCUAGCUAGUUGGGUAUUUAACAACGAAAUCCCCUAGUCAUAGCUAGCCAGCGAGCUAGUUAAUCCGUUUGCUAGUAAUGUUUACUUCAAUGUGUGUCAGUUGGAAAUCAUUUACUGCCGUAACCUGUCAAAACAGUACUUCUCUCUUUUUGUAUCUCCAAUUGUAGCUACCUAGCUUGUCAUGUCAGUAACUACAUUGUAUUAGCAAUGUUUUUUUCUUCUUCAGUUUAGAUGAGUGAAAGAACUGACAUUAGCUAUCAGAAUUUUUUUUCACUCUUCCAUUAAAGUCUCCUUAUGAUGUACUCCCCCUCUCCCGUUAUAGACAUCAAGGAGCAUGUGAAGCAGAUCGAGAAGGCUGUGUCGGGCAAGGAGCCUCGCUUUGUGCUGAGGGCCCUGCGCGCCCUGCCCUCGACCAGCCGCCGCCUCAACCCCAACGUGCUACACAAGGCUGUGUCUGGCUUCUACACCUCCAACGCUGCCGGCAAGGAGUUCCUACUCAGCUUCCUGGAGGAGGUACAAUGAGUGCAGAUAGUAUCAGAUAGAAAAGACUGUGGUACUACUAGUACUACUACUGUUGUUGAGAAACCUUGGCUAUGAACUAUUACUCAUUGCCUUUUUCUCUGUCUCCUUUGCCCACUCGGCUGCUUUGGUCCCAUUUUGUCCGGUUCUGUCUUUCCUUUUCCCCUCCUCUACCAACACUCUCUCCCCUCCAUUUAUUGCAUCCAUCCAGCCCAUGGACACCGAGGGAGAUGUCCAGUUCAGGCCCCGUACAGGGAAGGCAGCUGCCACCCCCCUGAUCCCUGAGGCGGAGGCCUACCUGCAGCUGCUCCUGGUGGUUUACCUCACCAACAACAAACGCUACACAGAGGUGGGCUGACUGAGCUCACACACUCUCUCAUGCCUCUUUCUCGCUCUCAUGCAUGCACAGUACUUAUUUAUGUUGGAUUGAGCUCUGAAUUCUCUUUGGUAUUUACAAUGCUCACCAUCACACUGUAGGCAUUAGAAAUAAAUUAUGACUGGGUUAGUGCCAGACUGCCUGUCUUGGUUGUUAGCUUCUCACUUUACUCUCUAGGCCCAGAAGGUGUCAGACGAGCUCUUGCAGAAGAUCGGCCCUCAGAACCGGCGGGCUCUGGACCUGGUGGCCGCUAAGUGUUACUACUACCACUCCCGCGUCUACGAGUUCCUCAACCAGCUGGACACUGUGCGUAGGUAAGCCCACCAACACUUUAUCACUGACUGUUUUUUUUGUUCAUUUUAGAUAUAUUUAAAGUAUUUUCUGACUUAAUUAAACAGAUGGAAAAGGAUGACGGUGGGGAAAGAUGGAGGUUGUUUCAAAAGGCAGUAGGCCAGUUUAGAACCUAUGCAAGUCAAUAUGUAAUGCCUUUGAUAAAUUUUUCUCGAGACUAGUCGUGUAUAUUAAACAAAAUAAAACCCUUCUCAAAGUUUCCUGCACACGCGUCUGAGGACGGCCACCUUGCGGCACGACGCCGACGGCCAGGCCACGCUGCUCAACCUGCUGCUGAGGAACUACCUGCAGUACAACCUGUACGACCAGGCUGAGAAGCUGGUGUCCAAGUCAGUCUUCCCCGAACUGGCCAACAACAACGAGUGGGCCCGCUACCUCUACUACACCGGUGAGAGAGACUGGGAAGGAGAGAGAGGGGGAGGAGCCCUAAGCAUACACAUUUCUGUUGGAAUAAGGUAUCACCCGUGAUACAUUUUACUAGUUGAAGACAUCAGAAGUUGUUUAGUUAUCACAUUCAAUUGAAUUAUGUUUAUCAGGCCACUAUGCCUCUACAGGUUUUGAAGUGACUAUAAGAAACUGCCUCAGAAUAUGAAUGAAUUUGUAGUUAUGGCCUUAGUUUUCUGCUUUUCCACUCUGACCAUUCUCUCCCUCCCCCCUCCAGGUCGUAUCAAGGCCAUCCAGCUGGAGUACACAGAGGCCAGGAGGACCCUGACCAACGCCCUGAGGAAGGCCCCCCAACACACAGCUGUGGGCUUCAAACAGACAGUCAGUACACACACAACAUGCAGUUUUUCCUCAGUGCAUUUAUUACAUUUUACUCUUUUAGCAGACACUCUUAUCCAGUGCGACUUACAGGAGCAAUUAGGGUUAAGAACCUUGCUCUAGGGCACAUCGACAGAUUUUUCACCUAGGCGUCACAGGGAUUUGAACCAGCGACCUUUUGGUUACUGGCCCAACGCUCUUAACCGCUAGGCUACCUUAUUAAAAAGGAGAAACUAUUAGUUGACUCUCAAAAUUCCCAUAGUGUUUUGCCUGACAAUAUAUUGUCAAUCAAACUAUUUAUAGAGCACAUUUCUUACAGGGAUGAUGCAUUUCUUCUUUUUUUAAAUUUAUAAUAUUUAGUUUUACAUUUCUUCAAUUUCUUUCUCCACUUCAUACACAAACCUACACACACGAACAACAACUUAGACGCACACAAUGACUACAUCUCAUCUACCCAGACCAGCAUGCUCACACCCCCAUCCCUAAUGCCUGCAUUAUUGUUAUUUUUCAGGGGAUGAAUUAAUAAUUCAGGGGAUACAUUUCAAAGUGCUUAACAAAUAAAAUUGCCCACUGUAUACCACAAAAAAGUUCAGGUUGUUCACAGCUUCUCUCCAUCUCUUCCAGGUCCACAAGUUGCUGAUUGUGGUGGAGCUGUUGCUUGGGGAGAUCCCAGACAGGCUGCAGUUCCGCCAGGCUCCCCUGAAACGAUCCCUAGCGCCCUACUUCCUGCUCACCCAGGGUAAAUUGGUGGCAAGCUGGGUCAUGAGAAUGAGUCUUUAGUGUGAGUAAGAUGUGAACCCUGGUCUCUGUUCCCACACAGCCGUUAGGACGGGUAACCUGGCCAAGUUCAACCAGGCCCUGGAUCAGUUUGGAGAGAAGUUCCAGGCAGACGGCACCUACACCUUGAUCAUCCGCCUUCGACACAAUGUCAUCAAGACAGGUGAGUGACCAGGCCUUUCACUUCGGGCUAUUCUUCCACAUUCUCAAGUGGCUUUCUCUUCUUUUUAAGUUUUUUAAUACCUGAAUGACUUGUUGAUAUUUAAUACCAUGUCUCCCUGUAGGUGUGCGUAUGAUCAGCCUGUCGUACUCACGUAUAUCCUUGGCAGACAUCGCUCAGAAGCUGCAGCUGGACAGUCCAGAGGAUGCUGAGUUCAUAGUGGCCAAGGUAACAUGAUAUUCUACAGCCAUACUCAACUGGUGGACCUUGGUCCGGACCGGACUCAGAACGGGGUCGAUACGGACCGCGGGGCCCUACUUUAACAAUAAGAAGUGGAUGAAAAUAUAUACUUUUUUUUUUUUUACUUAGUCGGGCUUUCAACUUACUGCUGUUGAGUUGUAAUAGUAGAAUGUGCAAUGUACAAUUUUGUAGUGCAUGGGCAGUUUUCCUCUGUCAUUCACUGACAGACCUUAGAGAGCUAUUUAUAAUUCGUCAAAUGUUCAGUUGAUCAAUUACUAGGCCAUUUUAGCUAGAUAGGUAAGUUAGGCUAACCAGUUAUCUAAAUCUUGUAGUGAUCUUGGCCAGAUUGCGUGCCCAGGGGCCUUGACCGCAGGGAUGCCCCCAUUUGAUUUUGUUGAGUCACUCGGGUAUCAUGAACACACGACAUGGCAAAAUGUGUAGAAUUGCAGGAAAUGAGCUUUAAAAGGGGAACAUCUUCUCUCCGCUAACAAGAGGGGGAUGAACAGUUUGGGGUCGCAUGAGUUUCGAAGUGGGGGUUUGUUCCCACACCGAUAAACUACAUUAUCCAUCCAGACCACCUAGGAAAUGUGCGACCGGACCUCAAAUAGUAGUUGAGUACCCCUGUAUUACUAUAUACCCUUACCUUAUCCCCACUUCCUGCGCUACGUCAGCUAAUGCAAGGAUUUCCUAAAGAGCAUUAAUAGAAAAGCACAUCACUUGUGUGUGAUAAAUACGGCAUGCAGUCCUCAACUGUCCUAAGCCACAGGUGACACAGUGGCAAUGGAACACUACCGCAGUCUCGUUCUGAUUUUUCUCUCUCCCAACCUCCAUCCCUCUCUUCCAGGCUAUCCGUGAUGGAGUGAUUGAGGCCAGCAUCAACCAUGAGAAGGGCUAUGUUCAGUCUAAAGAGACCAUGGACAUCUACGGUACCAGGGAGCCCCAGCUGGCCUUCCACCAGAGGAUCUCCUUCUGCCUGGACAUACACAACAUGUCUGUCAAGGCCAUGAGGUUUCCACCCAAGGCUUACAACAAGGAUCUAGAAUCAGCA